UAUUUUAACUUAAGCUUCACUUUUUUCCCUUUUCUUUAUAGCUUCCAAGGUUUGUAUUGUGAACAAGUUGGUUGUUUCAUGUGUUCAUUUGUAAGUUUGAUUGUUUGAUGUCUUAAACAUUGAUGUUAUAGAUCUGUGCUGUCCAACCAAGUAUAAUGGAAGCCACAUAUGGAAUUUAAAAUUUUCUCAUAGCCACAGUUUAAAAAAGUAAAAAACAAGUGAUUCAUGGCAGGGGAGAUGGAAGGAUUCUGUUCCUCCCUCCAUGACACCAGUGUCUCUGCUGGGUUCAGAACACUGUAUGAGGAGCGACUGCUGCUUGAUGUCACUCUGGUUAUUGAUGACCAUCAGUUCCAUGCCCAUAAAGCACUUUUGGCCACUCAGAGUGACUACUUCAGAAUUAUGUUUACUGCAGACAUGCGGGAGCGUGAUCAGGACAAAAUUCACUUAAAAGGUCUAACUGCUACUGGUUUCAGCCACGUACUUCAGUUUAUGUACUAUGGAACUAUAGAACUGAGUAUGAAUACCGUUCAUGAGAUUCUUCAGGCUGCCAUGUAUGUUCAACUUAUAGAAGUGGUGAAGUUCUGCUGCUCUUUCCUGUUAGCGAAAAUCUGCUUAGAAAACUGUGCCGAAAUCAUGAGACUCUUAGAUGAUUUCGGUGUGAACAUCGAGGGAGUUAGGGAGAAGCUGGAAUCCUUUCUGCUAGACAACUUUGUGCCACUCAUGUCCAGGCCUGACUUCCUGUCUUAUCUGAGUUUUGAGAAGCUCAUGUCUUAUUUGGAUAAUGAUCAUCUGAGCAGGUUCCCAGAGAUAGAGCUGUAUGAGGCUGUGCAGUCUUGGCUGCGGCAUGAUAGAAGACGUUGGAGACAUACCGAUACCAUUAUUCAGAACAUCAGGUUUUGCUUGAUGACCCCAUCCAGUGUUUUUGAGAAGGUUAAGACAUCAGAAUUUUACAGAUACUCUCGACAGCUGCGCUACGAAGUUGAACAAGCAUUGAAUUACUUUCAGAACAUUCACCAUCAGCCUUUGUUGGACAUGAAAUCAAGCCGCAUCCGCUCUGCCAAACCCCAAACUACAGUAUUCCGAGGAAUGAUUGGACAUAGCAUGGUUAACAGUAAAAUACUCCUCUUAAAGAAGCCAAGAGUCUGGUGGGAACUAGAGGGCCCCCAAGUACCCCUGCGCCCGGACUGCCUUGCUAUUAUCAAUAACUUCGUGUUCUUGUUGGGUGGGGAAGAACUGGGCCCAGAUGGUGAAUUCCAUGCUUCUUCCAAAGUGUUCAGGUAUGACCCCAGACACAACUCUUGGCUCCGGAUGGCAGAUAUGUCUGUACCGCGUUCAGAAUUUGCAGUUGGUGUUAUUGGGAAGUUUAUUUACGCUGUAGCAGGCAGAACCAGAGAUGAGACUUUCUAUUCAACUGAGAGAUAUGACAUCAUCAAUGAUAAAUGGGAAUUCGUGGAUCCUUAUCCAGUUAACAAAUAUGGACACGAGGGGACAGUGCUCAAUAACAAGUUGUAUAUCACUGGUGGAAUCACCUCAUCAUCCACCUCCAAGCAAGUGUGCGUCUUUGACCCCAGUAAAGAAGGGACCAUAGAGCAACGGACCAGAAGAACUCAAGUUGUUACCAACUGCUGGGAGAACAAGAGCAAGAUGAAUUACGCAAGAUGCUUUCACAAAAUGAUCUCUUAUAAUGGCAAGCUUUAUGUCUUUGGUGGUGUCUGUGUGAUCUUGAGGGCCUCUUUUGAAUCUCAGGGCUGCCCUUCCACAGAAGUGUACAACCCAGAGACUGAUCAGUGGACCAUCUUGGCAUCCAUGCCAAUUGGUAGAAGUGGCCAUGGUGUGACUGUGCUGGACAAACAAAUAAUGGUUCUUGGAGGCCUUUGCUACAACGGUCAUUACAGCGAUUCCAUUCUCACUUUUGAUCCAGAUGAAAACAAGUGGAAGGAAGAUGAGUACCCGCGAAUGCCCUGCAAGCUGGAUGGUUUACAAGUGUGCAACCUGCAUUUUCCAGAAUAUAUACUGGACGAGGUCAGACGUUGUAACUAAUGACAUCUCUCUCACUUCAAAGCCAAACAAAAAAUUUGUUUGUGACAGAGUAGUUAAUUAAAAACAUAAGAAAAACCUCACCAGUUUUACUAUCAAAGCCAUUGGUCUAAUAGCAUAAAAAUUUUUCAUUCUGUGCUAGCAUCCGUUGUUUUCUUUUUUAGUGGCCUCAAACUCAUGCAAUAAGUUAGUUCUAAGCACUAGCUCUUGAAACUACUUCCUGAAUCAGUUUAAUAGAAUGAUACACUUAUCUGGGAAGCUGAUUUUAUGCUUUAAACAUUUCUCUCAGAUGUCACUGUAGGAGUCAUGCAUCUUCUAAGAGAAGACCUGAUAAGUGUCACUUGAUGUUAUUUCAGUUCCUAUCUUGAUCUGAAAUCUUUUUGAACAUUUAUUUCAGUCCGUUAGACCUUUUGGUUUUAUUGUUUAAGUUUAAAACUCUUGCCCUUUUUGCAUGGCUUUUUGCUGAAAAUGCAAAAAUAUAAAUUUUCUACAAAGUUAACUUUUUAUAUUCAAAACACUAUUUCUAAGCUGCCUUCUCUUAUCUGCAUUGUGUUAGUGAAAGCGUACUCAUACGUGCAUACAUCUUAUGAAUAUAUAAGGCACAUCCUCUUUUAUGCGUGGUUAGUAUUCUAUAUUUUUAAGCUAGUGCACUUGCACACACACAGUUUGCCAUACUUGUUGAAUUUUAGAUGUAAUGUCUUUUCAUGUAUUAACAUUUUUAGAAAGUUAAAAUAACUGGAGUCCUCAUUUGGUGUCAAAAUAGUCUAUCUUCAGUCCAUACUGAUUCAGUAAUAUUUGAACUCCUCAUAUUCCUGAAACAUGUAUGGAUUUAUGGAAACUAACAUUUUAUAUUUUAUUUUCAAAAGUAAACGUUAGUGUUCUUAUCGAUGUAUGUCUUCUUUUUGAACAUGUUUUUCUUUGCAGUCUGUUUAACGUUGCCCUGUUUUUAGUGAGAAUUGGAAUGAUAUAUGACAAGCCCUGGCCCUGCAGCUUGCAAGCACUUUUAAAGAGAAUUUAGGUAAUACCAGACUUCUAAAUAAGGCCCCUUAAAAGUAAGUGCAACUUCCAUUCUUUACAUUUAGUAAGGCUGCUGCAUCUGUUAUUGAAUGGAAAGUAGCAACUUGUGGAAAAUUUGAGCUCAGUUUUUGACUUAGAGUUAAGGAAUAGAAUUAUAAUCUAACUGGUCAUAUCUAUUUGUUUAUUUAGUACAAAAAAUUUAGCGGCACUGGGAUAUAAGCCCUCAGCUUUUGUUUUGUUUUCUGAAAGCUACUAGCAUGAAGGACAGUAACCUCAAAGAGAAUGGAUGGAGAAUAACUGUUAAAAAGCAUUUAUAGUAAGUGUUUUAGGAUUAGCCGCACCUUUCAACUCGAAGGAAAAACAAAUGGUUGAAAAAGUUAAGAAGAAUAAUCAGGGAAUGGUUCAUUCAGAUUGAUGCCAUUUUUUCCCCCGAGUAGAGUCUCUAGCUGAUACAUACUAGAUCUACACUGGCAAAACUUGCCAGAUCUUAGGAUAUUGGUGCAAUAUUGCAAUGCCUUCUGUAUGGCUGUUGUAUAAAUUGUCUAGUUUCACUUUUUUUUGCUGCUGCCACCACUGAACAUGAGAUAGAAGAGUGAAGUCAUGGAAAUGUGAAGACUUUUCUUUUGUUUUGCAGUUAAAUGAGACAACUAUUAUUUUAAUACUCCAAAAUUGGAGGUGUUUGGGUUUAAGAAACAGGUACAAAAGUAGUUUUUGAAAAAGAAAAACAUUGGCAUUGGUUUUAGAAGUCAAAUUGCUGUUCUUUUGUAUAUGAGACUUAAAUUUUUAUUAGAUGAUUCUAUCAUUUGCUUUCUGUUUUUAAAAAUGAAACUCGAUACCAUUUCCCAUGGUAAUAUUUUCAUUUAAAAAAUCAUUUCUAAUUUGACUUUUGAAAACUAGGAUUAGCUAAGUCAUUUAAUUCUUUUUCUAAUAUAUUAGUUGGUUUAGUGUUUUGUAUGUCUGCUGCUUGCUUUAAAGGAAAUAACAAUGUCUUCACCAUUUUCCUCAUUGUUGUCUUUUGCUGGAAAAGACUGAGACAGGGUACCCUUCAUCAGGCUUUUUACACUCCAGUGGUGGUUCUCUUAAUUGCUUAGAUAUGACUUCAUAGCCCUAGUUAAGGUAAGAUCUGGGCAAACAGUUGAAAUUCUUGGUUUUCCAUUCUAAAGUCAGAAGGCCAAGGUCAAAGCUCAUGUUUUGGAAAAUUUGUGAAAUCGUAACUUGAAGUAACUCUGGGUUCAGCUUCACACUUAAGUCAUGUCUGACCUGAUGUUAGCUGUAAUCAGUUUUAAGCUUUAAGAAUAGUUGCUAUUGCUUGGGUUCUUUAUGAAUGUAUGAGAAAAUUCUUCUGUUUAUAUGUAGAGCUAAUUUAGGUUCUUUUAAAUCCAUGAUAACUUACAUUCCCUUUUCAAGUUAUGGUUUAAUUGCUGAAAGAGAUUUAUUUUUGUUAUACUAAACUAUGGAAAAUUUUCAUAGUUUUUUUUCAAGUUUAUUUUUUGUGUGCUUCAUUUGAAACCAUUUUUGUUUGUAUACAUGGUAUGUGUUCAAGAUAGUAGUUCUUAAAAAAUUCAGUAAGAGAUUUGAAACUAUUCAGUGUAACUGUUGUGAUCUUUGUGUGUUAUUUUUCACUUUACAUUUUAAAUGCCAGACUUUACAAAAAUAGCUGAUCUUCAUUAGUUGCAUCUUAAUUAGAAAUGUUUGUUCUCUUCCAUGUCUUUGACCUAAGUUUUGACUUUAAUCUGCUUAAAGAAAAUUCUUGCACUACAACCUUUUCAUAAAACUCAAGAUUGUCUCAUUGAAGGUUUUGUAUUGGAAAAAAUACUACUGGUUUUUUUUUUAAAGCAAAGCUUAAUUAAUAGAAUUAUUAGCUUUUGAGA